AUGUCGUCCGCCGACAUAUCGAGCGCCGUCUCUGACGCCGUGUCGGCCACAAUGAGUACCUCUCCGGAGGUGCUCCCGUCCGCCUUCACGCGCGCGCAGGAGGUCGUCGCCGCCCAGGGAUCGUCCAGCUGGUUGGGGCUCCUGGGGCGGUUGAUCCUCGCCAUUCUGUCCUUGAUCUCCUCGAUCCUGUAUUGGGCUAUUCGCAUCGUUACUAUCACGAUACCUACCCUGCUCUUUACCUUGUUCUCGACGAGUUGGACCGUGACGAUGAACGCCACCACAUUAAUGGUUAUCAUGGUCGCCAUCAUAUCCGCAGUCAGUUGGGUAGUGCGCUACCGCAUCCUGAACAUGUACUCUCGGCUUCCCCCGGAGCCUCAGAGGAAGGAGCCAGACGUUGACCUAUUCCCCGACACCCACGAGGAGGGCAAAAAGGCCGGCUUAUCCAGCUAUCUGGACGAGUUCUUGAGCGCUAUCAAAAUCUUCGGGUACUUGGAGCGACAGGUCUUCCAUGAGUUGACCCGCAGCAUGCAGACUCGCAAGCUCAUUGCCGGCGAGACCUUCAACCUGGAAGACGAGAAGGGCUUUUGCAUCGUCGUCGACGGGCUCGUGGAGAUUUUUGUCAAAUCUGGCCGAAAUGCCAGAACCAUGGAGCCUGAUCCUUGCGAGAGCUUCGAGUCUGGCUAUCCUGCUGAGGAAGACAUCUCUCCCGCAGGACAUCAGCGAUACCAGCUGCUCACUGAAGUCCGCAACGGCGCUCCCAUGUCGUCCUUGUUUUCCAUUAUGUCUCUGUUCACUGAGGAUGUCAAGCUCCGAACCACGGAAGACGACACUCCUGAGCCCAGUGCUGGGAGCGCCGGACUAAGGACGUCUCCGUUUCCACGCAACGCUGGUUUUCGGCGUAUGCCAUCGGACCCUGCAAGCCCGUAUCAGAUGACACCUCAAUUCGCGGAAUCCGCCGAUGAGAAGCCCGGCGUGAGGAUUGAGGAGCCGCCGAAGCGAUCCGUCACCCCGACGCCCGCCAACGCGAGGAUUCCUCCCAUUUCUCUCGAUAAUCCGAGCAGCGGUAGCGCCCCUGGUAGCGCGCGUGCACCCAAACGCCCACCGCUCCAGAGUCGUGCAACUUCUGGCUCAGCCCAUCCGGAUAUCAUUGCGAGGGCAACUGUGGACACGACUAUUGCAAUUAUCCCCGCCAGCGCUUUCCGUCGCUUGACCAAGGUCUACCCCAAGGCGACUUCCCACAUCGUCCAGGUCAUCCUCUCUCGCUUUCAGAGAGUCACACUCGCGACUGCGUACAAUUACCUCGGACUCACUGGUGAGGUGCUCCAGACGGAGAAGAACAUGCUCUCCUUCACCACCUGUCAGUUGCCCAACAUGCUUCGGGGUGAUGCGCUUGAGCGCCUGAAGGAAAAGUUCAACCGUGAGCGUGAGCGCGUUGGUGGUGAGCUCGAGAGCAAGGGUAUUGCUCUACACAACGCGAACGCUCAUCGUCGUCGUAAGUCAACGUCGACUCUGCGGAAGGACGCAAUGAUCCAUUCCAUGAGCACCAAGGAGAGGUCGUUUUCCCAAGUUGCUACGACAAUUGCGCCUCCCAGAGAGCGCUCCUCGACGCACACUCCGAGCCCUGGCGAUUUGCUGGCAAACAUCCAAUUUGCUCGCACGGGUGGUCACAGGCCCGGCACUUCCACCACUGCCGACAUCGAUCAGGUUGCUGAUGCUCUUCGUCACGAGGGGACAAGUCCUCUUGCCCAACGGUCCUUCAACCCGUUCCAUGCUCAGAAGCAUCCGCGGAUCUCGAUCGACGGUCGCGACUCACUUGACGAGGACAACCUUUUCCGUCAGUCAAUCCUGGAGUGCAUGUUCAAGGCAAUCGGCUUGGGCAGCGGUGGUAGUGUCUCCCGUGAGGCCGAGUCGGUCGAGGGCUCUCCCAGACUGUUCUCCUACGAUCAACGUCGUCAGAGAGUCGGUCUCGGCAACAACGCGUUUGGUUUGAUGGGCCCUUUCGAGUCCUCUGGUGACGGUGACACGGAAUCCUUGACUUCCGGUGGGUUCACUUUGAACACUCCACCGAACGCGCACCUGCUUGCCAAUGAUAUGAAGGAUGACGUCGAGAUCGUUUUCUUCCCUAAGGGAUCCGUUCUGGUUGAGCAGGGCGAACGCAAUCCUGGGCUGUACUAUGUCAUUGACGGAUUCCUUGACAUUUGCACCACGAACGAGGACUCGUCCGCCGACAUCUUGCAUUCAUCCAGCAGGACUUCUCUCCAUGCCGACUACCUGGCAAUGGAUGGAUCUCCAGCGUACUCCUCUGUCGACCUGCUUGGUGCAGGAAAGGCUGGAGACACGAAGAAGAAGCAACCUGUUCGCCGCAGCGUGUCCCUGAUUAAGCCUGGUGGACUUGCUGGUUACGUGGGUACAGUGUCGUCAUAUCGAUCAUUCAUCGAUGUCGUUGCGAAGACGGAUGUCUACGUUGGCUUUCUGCCGCGAUCAACCAUUGAGAGAAUCGCCGACCGCUACCCUAUCGUUUUGCUCACGAUGGCCAAGCGACUCACAAGUCUUCUUCCUCGUCUGAUCAUGCAUAUCGACUUUGCUCUUGACUGGGAGCAAGUCGACGCUGGUCAAGUCAUCUUCCACGAGGGAGACGAGAGCGAAGCCAUCCACAUCGUCCUCAACGGACGACUUCGGCUCGUUCAAGAGAAGAAGGAUGGCGGUGUUAGUGUUCGGGCAGAGUUCGGUCAGGGCGAGAGUAUUGGGGAGUUGGAGGUUCUUACAGAGUCUGUCCGCCCUGGAACUCUGCAUGCCAUCCGCCAGACCGAGCUGGUUAAGUUUCCCCGCACGCUCUUCAACAGUCUGGCUCAGGAGCAUCCAAACAUCACCAUCAAGAUCUCUAAGAUUAUUGCAUCUCGUAUGCGCAAUCUUGUCGAUGACCCCUCACAACUGUUGUCCAAGGAGGCAGGUGGUGUCAACUCAAUCAGCAAGGGUUCCUCAUCACUCAACCUUAGGACCGUUGCUGUCUUGCCGGUGACUUCCGGCGUCCCUGUCGUUGAGUUUGGCAACCGACUGAUGAAUGCCCUGGCUCAGGUCGGCCCUGCCAAUGGGGCGACCUCUCUCAACCAGUCCGCUAUCUUGAACCAUCUAGGCAAGCAUGCCUUCAACAAGAUGGGCAAACUCAAGCUCUCUCAGUACCUGGCCGAUCUGGAGGAGAAGUAUGGCCUGGUGGUCUAUGUCGCAGAUACCAACGUCAACUCUCCGUGGACCCAGACCUGCAUUACUCAGGCCGAUUGCAUUCUUCUGGUUGGCCUUGGCGAUGGCUCACCCGAAAUCGGGGAGUACGAACGGUUCAUGUUGGGAAUGAAGUCCACCGCGAGGAAGCUUCUCGUUCUCCUUCACGGGGAACGCUACUCUCCUUCUGGUCUCACCAGAGCGUGGUUGAGAAAUCGCAUGUGGAUCAAUGGCGGUCACUACCACGUCCAGAUGCCACUGGGUGCGAAUAUUAUGCCGGUGCACCCCCCUUCCAAGCGUACGAGCACCACCUUGAAGGAGAGGGUCCAGAUCAUCCAGGCCGAGAUUCAAAAAUACACGUCCAGAAAGGUCCGCAACAGUCCCUUCUACGCCCCAGACGCGCCAUACAAGGGCGACUUCCAUCGUCUGGCACGGCGCCUGUGUGGAAAGUCUGUCGGUCUUGUCUUAGGAGGCGGCGGAGCCAGAGGCAUCACGCAUAUUGGUAUUAUCCAGGCCAUGGAAGAAGCAGGCAUUCCCAUCGACGUCGUCGGCGGCACGUCAAUUGGUUCUUUCAUCGGCGCCUUGUAUGCCCGCCACGCCGACGUUGUGCCCAUCUUCGGCCUUGCCAAGAAAUUCUCGGGCCGCAUGGCCAGUAUGUGGCGUUUCGCGCUGGAUCUGACAUAUCCUACUGCGUCGUACACGACUGGACACGAGUUCAAUCGCGGCAUCUUCAAGACAUUCGGCAAGACCCAGAUCGAAGACUUCUGGCUCGAAUACUACUGCAACACCACCAACAUCAGCAAGAGUAGAAUAGAGUACCAUACCAGCGGCUACGCAUGGAGGUACGUCCGUGCGUCCAUGUCAUUGGCUGGCCUGCUUCCACCGCUGUGCGACGAGGGGAGCAUGCUUCUCGACGGUGGCUACAUUGACAAUCUGACGGUCUCGCACAUGAAGAGGCUGGGGGUAGACACCAUCUUUGCAGUGGACGUAGGCGCCCUUGACGACGACACGCCACAGGCGUACGGUGAUUCGCUGUCGGGAGUGUGGGCUUUUUGGAACAGGUGGAACCCGUUCUCGGGUACACCCAACCCGCCAACGUUGGCGGAGAUCCAGGCUAGACUGGCCUACGUGUCUAGCGUCGAUGCUCUGGAACGGGCCAAAACGAUGCCUGGCUGCUUUUACAUGCGGCCUCCGAUUGAUGACUAUGGCACGCUCGACUUUGGCAAGUUCGACGAGCUGUACCAGAUGGGAUACAAGUACGGACAAGACUUUUUGCAAAAGCUUAGAGAAGACGGUGUUCUGCCUCUGAUGGAGGAGACGGAGGCCAAGAAGGCGAUGCGGAGGACGAUGGCGCCGCGAAGAGCAAGCAUUUAG